AAGAGCUAGUGAGGAAAGAGGAAGAGAAAAAAAGGAUGGAGAGAAACAGAGACGACAAACUGUGCAGCGCAAAAGGAAAAGAGCAGGCUGCUAUCGAAAAUCUAGAAAGGCUACUCUGUGAAAACACCUCCACGGUGCCCCCACCUCCUCCCCUCUCUUCUGUCACUGCAUCUCCUUCAGGUCCAUCUCCACCCAGUGCUCAGGCUUCUCCUCCAUACCCCUGGCUAAGCCGUGGUGGUGUGCUCCCCUGCCAAUCAGGCCAGACACCCGCCGUUGCCGCUAUUGCCGCUCAUGUCGAAAGGCUGCGGCCUCCUCCUCUUACACCUCAGACAGACUAUGCCAGAGAAAAGCAAAGGCAGAGGGAGAUGUGGAGUACCAAUGGCGGAAUGACAUUCAGUCCUUCUUCAACAAACAAUACCUCAGGGAUGAACCAGCCGGUGUACCCCAACAAGCCCCCGGCGAUGCAAACUGCACCCAGCCAAUCCAAAGACCCAGCCAGGGAGAGAGACAGCAGCCAACACUCUCUCCCCACGGUGGCACUAAGAGAGCCGCCGAAACUGUAUCACGCCUUUUCUAGAGAAAACCUCCCACCUCUGUCCUCCACCUCCACCGGGGGAAUCCUCAACAAGCAGCUGACCAGAGGUGGUUUGGAAAUCGCUGACUCUGACAGCGCUCAGUUUGAGGAGGAGUCCUCUGAGUCCACGCUGCUUCCCGACGGUCUGGCUAACAUUAUGGCCAUGCUGGACGAAUCCAUCAAAAAGGAAGAGGAGAUGUAUAACAGUGAAAAGAAUGGGCCCACAGGUCUCAUUGGCACCUUUUCUCCCAGUGCUGAGCCCAACAAGAACUAUCUUUGCGCCCCAGACUUGGUUCCGGCGACCAAACUUCAGCCCAGUCAUGAAGACCGAUCCAACGCCAGUCCUCCUGUGCUCAGCCGCCAAGGCUCUCUGGCAUCACCUUGCAGCCGAACAUCUUCUCUCAACGAGGACGACGAGGACUAUCUUAAACCUUCUCCAAAUAAUCCUAAACAGCCCGUGCACAUGCCAGUGGGAAUAGGGAACACCAAUUACCGUCACAGUGACUUGGCUAAACUUUAUGGUCUCCCUGAACAGAUUAAAAGUGACGCUGAUGAGGAUGAGGAUGAAGAGGAUUCCGAGGCCCCAUCUUGUUCUCCGCCACCCCAAAGACCCCACCUUCAUCAGACGGGUGUUAAUAGCAUGUUCAAGUCUCUAGCAACUGUCCUAGAGAGCCAGAAGUAUGCCUACCGUGGCGGGCCUUUUGGGAGACCUCCUCCAUCAGCUCUGGUUGGGGUCAAGUAUUCCUCUUCGCUGUCACUGGGCCCUGAUAUCUGCUGCCAGCAGCAAAGCAGUUCUCCCACAUCAGACUCAACAAACCCACCAUUCAGUCCUGCUCUCCCACCCAUGAAGUCCUCUCCUCGUUCUCUACUGGAAGAUAAGAAGCUGAAAUUAGAGGACUCGGAUGUCUGGACAGAUGAAGGGGACUCAGAGGAAAGCUUCACCUUUAUUAAAAAGAAAAGCAUUCCUACGAUAAAGCCUAUCAGGGUGAUGAAGGAGGAGCAAGAGUUGACAACCAUCUCUGAAUCUUCUUUGGCAGAGUUGGGCAAGAGCUGUGAGGUCAUGCUUAGCCGACAGUCACUCCAUUACAAGAGCUCCUACAAAAAACAUGACAGCCAAGGUCAAAUGGGGAACAGACACAAACCCGAGAAAGUAAGGGAACACAGAGAGAAAGGCAGAAGCAGAGACAGACAGAGGGACAAAGAAAAGAAGAGAAAGCACGGUCACAGCAGCAGCAGAAAGCAUGAAGAUAGAAAAGAAAAGAAAAAGCAUAGAGACAAGAAAGAUUCUUCUUCAUCCACCCAUUCCAGUUCCAGCCACAAGCGGCACAAAGAUGGCAAGAGCCAUAAAGAGAAAGAUCGCAGAAUCCUAAGUGAUCUCAAUCUCCAGAGAAGGGAGGGCUCAGAGAAAACCUUUGGUCUCUAUGAAACUGAAAAAAGGAAAUGCAAGGAAGCAUCCAGUACCAGCUCCACAAGCGAAGGCGAGCGUAGAGAAUGGACGGGAGAAAGAUCUUCUGAGCACAAAAAAGGCGAAUCUGGGUCUUCGUUAGGUUCUACGGAUUUAAUGAAAUUGAAGGCGUUGUCAGAUGGACCACCAAAAGAGCUCAAGAUUCGGCUGAUCAAAGUGGAGAGCGGCGACAGGGAGACGUUCAUUGCCUCAGAGGUGGAGGAAAAAAGGAUUCCGCUGAAGGACAUCAGCAUCAAGAACACUGCAAGUGAGAUUAUCCGAUCCUGCAAGGCAGCCAGACUCAAAGGGAAGUUUAAAGAAUCCUACUUACUGCCAGCCUUCUCUGUGAAACCCAUCAUAAGCAAAGAGGAACCAAUUCCCAGGGAGAAACUCAACCCUCCUACACCCAGCAUCUAUCUGGAAAGCAAGAGGGACGCCUUCUCCCCUGUCCUCCUGCAGUUCUGUACUGACGCCAAGAAUCCUGUUACUGUCAUCCGAGGACUAGCUGGAUCUUUGCGACUCAACCUGGGGCUCUUUUCAACAAAAUCCCUGGUGGAAGCCAAUGCAGAUCAGAUGGUGGAGGUGAGGACUCAAGUGCAGCAACCUGCCGACGAGAACUGGGACCCUAGUGGCACGGGCCAGACAUGGCCCUGCGAGAGCAGCCGCUCCCACACCACCAUCGCCAAGUACGCCCAGUACCAGGCCUCCAGCUUCCAGGAGUCUCUCCAGGAGGAGAAAGGCAGUGAUGAAGAGGAGGAUGAAGACGAUGAGAAGAAGUCACCCAGCAGUUCUGAGACUCCCAACAAAGACAGCUCUAAAGAAACUUGCAAUGGUGAGCAGAAACCAGUCGGGAAAAUCAUUAAAUUUGGCACCAACAUUGAUCUCUCUGAUCCCAAGAGGUGGAAGCCUCAGCUUCAGGAGCUGCAGAAGCUUCCAGCAUUUAUGCGCGUGUCAUCCAGCGGAAACAUGCUGACCCAUGUCGGACACACCAUCUUAGGCAUGAACAGCGUCCAGCUCUACAUGAAGGUCCCAGGGAGCCGAACACCAGGUCACCAGGAGAACAACAACUUUUGUUCAGUGAACAUCAAUAUUGGCCCUGGAGACUGCGAGUGGUUCUGUGUCCAUGACAACUACUGGCAGGCCAUCAGUGACUUCUGUGAGAAGCACGGAGUGGACUACCUGACAGGGUCCUGGUGGCCAGUACUGGAGGACCUCUACAACGCCAACAUCCCAGUCUACCGCUUCAUCCAGCGGCCUGGAGACUUGGUGUGGAUAAAUGCUGGUACUGUUCACUGGGUUCAGGCUGUGGGCUGGUGCAACAAUAUUGCCUGGAAUGUUGGACCCUUGAAUGGCUACCAGUAUCAGCUGGCGCUCGAGAGGUUUGAGUGGAACGAAGUGAAGAAGGUGAAGUCCAUUGUCCCCAUGAUUCAUGUGUCCUGGAAUGUGGCCCGCACUCUGAAGAUCAGUGACCCAGACACCUACAAGAUGAUCAAACACUGCCUGAUGCAGUCCAUGAAGCACAUCCAGAUCCUGCGUGACCAGCUGGUGGCUGAAGGCAAAAAGAUUUCCUAUCAGAGUCGAGUCAAAGACGAGCCUGCCUACUACUGCAACGAGUGCGAUGUGGAGGUGUUCAAUUUGUUGUUUGUGACGAGUGAGAACAACAGCAGGAAGUCGUACGUGGUUCACUGCGAGGACUGCGCACGCCACCGCAACCCGAGCCUGACCAACGUAGUUGUGCUGGAGCAGUACCGCAUAGAGGAGCUCAUGAGCGUAUACGAUUCCUUCACCCUGGCCUCCUCCUCCCGAUGACAGAGCUCCCCACGUACAUCUCCUCAGCCAUAAACCAAAACUCCUGCGAGGCAGGACAAAGACAGUUUCACUUUGGUUUUCAACUCACCCAUUCAUUAUUGUUUAGCAUGAUUCUUGCGACUACUGCUACUACUUGCCGAAUAGCCAGUUGAAUACGUUUACUCCUUACUUGUUUACAAAGAGAAAAAAAAAAACCAAGCCGCCAAUAAGAUACCAGUUUACUCUCAGAUGGUGCUUUCAACGAGAACCCCUGGACACUGUGGUGGUUAACGGGGGCAGUUGGUGCUGUCAUUGAACAAACUGUGGAGGGUAGCUGAUGGUUUCAACGGCGUGUUUCUGUCAGUACCGGAAAGAACUCUUCUCUUCUCUUGAAUAUUGAAAUUUGUACAUGCUGUUUUGAAAUUUCUCGUGGGGUGCUGUCUUUUUAAAAAAUAAUUUAUUGUUGUUUUGUUUUUUUUCUAAACUAGAUCCGCCUAGAUAUAUACCACAUUGGCCUUGUAUUUAGAAAAGAGAAAAUGGAAAAAUACUAAUAGAGUUAUGAACAUUUUUCUAAAAGCAUUAAGAAUUUAAAAAUUGUUUGGAAUGCUUCAAAAGAUACGGGUUAUAGCAACUUUGGUUGUUUUUUGCGGGGGGUUGGGGGAGGGGCUCUUGUGUUUUUUUUAAACUUUACUUUUUUUAAAAAGUUUGAAUGUGUUGUAAAUUUUGUUUCUAUGAGUUCUAGCUUUUGUUUUCUCUGGAGAUUAAUAUUCAGUUGUCACAGGUUGUCAGGUCUUGUUCAUUUCUUCACUCGGUGUAUGACCGCUCUCUUUAAAAAAAAAAGAAAAAGUCAUUGUCCUCUGGUGUGUGUUUUGUUUGUUCCAAUAUGCAGACUUCGUAUUUCCUGAACUUUUUUUUUUUUUUUUGGCAUUGUACAUUUAAUUUAAAAUGUUUCCUCUAUUUAUUGGAUAUUGGCGUUCUCCCUUUUCUGAUAGGGUUGUACAAUUUUGCUAUGUUUUAUUCCCUUUGUUUUAUGGUGACUGUUUGCUCUGUAAGAACUAAAACAUGGAGGCUGUGUCCGACGGAGUGGAGGCUACUGUUUCUCUGGUGCUCGCCUCUCGCCUCCUGUCUUUUCUCUCAUGAUAUAUAUUAAAUUAUAUCUUUAUCUUUAAUAUAACACCACCUUUCCUGUAGACAAUAGGCACACUGCUCACGUAGAGAAGACGACUAAUGGAAUGCUGUGUUUGUACGCUUAUUAAAAAAGGAACAGAAUGACUUUUUUUCCCAAAGUGUUUUUGAGAAAUGGUAAUUCUUUUUUAAUAUGUAGGGGGCUUUUAGAUGAGAUUUUAAUGAUUUUAUGAUAUCUGUUGAAUAUGCUAACGGGAUAGAUGGUGCUAAAUGUUCUCUCUGAACAAUUUUUCUUUUUUUUUUGUCUUCUUAAAAUGAGAAUUCUAUUUUUCCUGUUGCAAUAUUAUCUUACACUUUCCUUCUCUUUGUGGUCAUUCGUUUAUAACUGCACUGUUUAGAGAAUCCACACAGACAUACUUGCAGACAUACACACCAAACUGAGCCAGACAUGUCUUAAACACUUGUGAAUUUGUGACAUUACUAUGACUAUUAAUAAACGCUUUUUGAUAAAUUCAGACUGAGCACA